GGCGUUUCUUUCCUUCCUUUUUAUAGAGUUGGUUGGGGGGAGGGGGGAGAUUGGAGUUGUAAAAUGGCGGCUUGGAGCAUAUUCGGCGCCGUUCCCCCGGCGGUCUCUGGCUGAGCGGCGGCUCUCCCUCACUGCCGAACACAGAGAGGCGAGGCGAGGCCCCCAGAGGACAUGGUGUUUGAGACCCGGGGCUUGCUGACCACCAAGUCUUUCGAGAACCUCGGCGCACCGGAAGCGACCAGGCGCGCCCAACCGGGCGAGCAGCGGCCGCUCCAGACCCGAGGCCCGCGCGGCUGCAACCUCGCACCUGCUCGCUGUCGCGCACCCGGCUUUCGGCGCACCCACAACCCAGCGAGUGCCGCGGCGGCCGCCUGGAAGGUAAGAAGAGGGCGGGCAGCGUGGCAGGAGAAGGAGCCGAGCCUGGGGAGAGGCGCCGGGGUCACGGGUUGAAACAAUGGCCAAAAGAAUUGCUGAGAAGGAAUUGACCGACAGGAACUGGGAUCAAGAAGACGAAGCAGAGGAGGUGGGAACAUUCUCAGUGGCCAGUGAGGAAGUCUUGAAGAAUAGAGCCAUAAAGAAAGCAAAGCGUAGAAAUGUUGGAUUUGAAUCUGAUAGUGGAGGGGCCUUUAAAGGUUUUAAAGGUUUGGUCGUACCAUCUGGAGGAGGAGGGUUUUCUGGAUUUGGUAACGGUGCUGGAGGGAAGCCUUUGGAAGGACUGUCUAAUGGAAGCAGCAUAACUAGUGCCUCUCCCUUCUCCAGUGCCAGGGCAGCGAGCGAGACCAAGGCAGCCUUUGGAUCUGUUGCCACAAACGGUCCUACCUCCUUGGUCGAUAAAAAGAUUUUAAAUCCCAAAACUAACGGUGACAGCCAGCAGCCCUCUUCCUCCGGCCUCCCCUCUGGCCCGGCCUGCCCCAGGAACGCCUAUCACAAGCAGCUGGCUGCCUUAAACUGCUCGGUGCGGGACUGGAUCGUGAAGCACGUGAACGCAAACCCGCUCUGCGACCUGACGCCCAUCUUCAAAGACUAUGAGAAAUACCUGGCAGGGAUCGAGCAGCAGCUCGGGAGCAGCGGCAGCUGCAGGGAUUCCGAAAGCGACUCCGACAAGACGCCCGGCGCCACCCCGUCUCCCUCCCUCUUCGGGUCAUCGAAGUCACAGCAGGAGUCAACAUUUUUGUUUCAUGGCGGCAAAACCGAGGACGCGUCCGAAAAGAAGACGGAGGCGGAUCCUGAAAAGAAAGCGGACCCGUCGGCGGGAGCAGCAGGUGCCUCGUUUCACUUUAGCAAGAAGAUCGAGAGUUCUGCCUUGGGCUCCUUAAACUCUGGCCCCCUGACUGGGUUUUCAUUCUCUUCUGGAAACUCCGGUUUAUUUGGCAAAGAUAUCAGCCAGAAUAAACCGGUCUCUUCACCGUUCGCCACAAAGACGCUGGAGGUACAAGCCGGCGGCGGCAGCGACGAACACAAAGGCGGAGAUGAAGAAGAGAAUGACGAGCCACCCAAAGUAGUAGUUACUGAAGUGAAAGAGGAAGAUGCGUUUUACUCCAAAAAGUGUAAACUAUUUUACAAGAAAGACAAUGAAUUUAAAGAGAAAGGUGUGGGUACUUUGCAUUUAAAACCUACAACAAAUCAGAAGACACAGCUUUUAGUGCGGGCAGACACCAAUUUAGGCAACAUACUGCUGAAUGUCCUGAUCCCGCCCAAUAUGCCGUGCACCCGAACGGGGAAAAACAACGUACUUAUUGUGUGUGUCCCAAACCCACCCAUCGAUGAGAAGAACGCCACCGUCCCGGUCACCAUGUUAAUCCGGGUAAAAACAGGUGAGGACGCAGAUGAGCUGCACAAAAUUUUACUGGAGAAAAAGGACGCCUGAACGCCCUCCCUCUGCGGAGUCGCUGCCGAGCUGCUGCCCCCCCUCCCCCGCCCUCCGCGUAGUCAGCCCGCCGCGGACGGUAACUUAGAACUUUGUGAGGAAGAUGAAUGUGGCCAAUAAAACCUGCAAAUGUUAAGCGUCAAGAAACCGUAUUCUCCCUUCUUAACAACUGUCUGAUGUGUAAAAUACGUUUGAAUGAAAUUUUUUGGAAGAUUUUUAAUGUUCAUUUAUUAAACUGACCGCAAGUGAUUUCUUAACAGACCAAAAUCAGGGUAUCGAUUAGACUUCCCAAAGGCUGUUCCGAUCCACGGGUUUUGGGGUGCGCUGCUGCGGCCUGCAAGGCGUGCCGGCAACCCCUGUGUCCAGGAGGAAACUUGCCUGUGGCAUUCUCUCUGGUGGGCUUGCCUGAUUUGGGAGGACAGCGCCCUUUCCAAAUGAAUCUCGCUACCACGCCGUGACAGAGGCGUUUUUCCUUUGCCGCAUCGUCUUGUUUUAAAGCUGAAUCUUGACCACCAAAUGUUCCCCCUCCGCAUUAGAGGCUUUAGCUUAUCAUUUGCAGACAUCGGCCUUUUAGCCCUGUGGCCUGUUUUACCUGAUUGAGGAACUGCUUUUUCAUUUUAAAAGGAAACGAGUUUGUUCUUUGGUUUUGUAGAUGGGGUUUUGUAGUGGCAUUCCUGAGGUGCUGUUACCAGUGCGUCCCCUACAGACAGACAGAAUGGGGGGUGGUCAGGAAUGAGGGUUUAAAAGCACAAAUUUGGUAGCUUAUAGUCGAUAGACCAUAGACCGCAAAACCUGGGGGAAAAAAAAUUAAGUUAAAGUUCGAGCACGGUACAAAAAAGAAAGUGAAUCUGUCCUAGUUCGUUUGUACCGUGAUGAACCCUGAGGAUCUCAGAGCUUUUACUACACAUGAGCCAUGUAAGUUCACCAGGAAACAUGCAAUAAGGUCAUGGAAUUGAAAUCGUGUGUGCAAAUGUUGCCUUUAACUUUAGACGGAAGUAUAUUAUUCUGCAUUUGAUAAGUUUCCAUUGACUUUUUUAAGAGUAAGAUACUCGGCAUGUCCAUUUGGAAGGGAGCCAUGGUUGUGCAUGAGAAGAUCCCGUCACUUCGCCACCGCUGUUGGGUCGCUAAUCCUCGCCUUCUGGGAAGACUCUGGGCACAUGAAUUAGAUGCAGUUUUUAAUGUUUAAAUGUCCACUUUCAUUCCUCGUUAGUCAUUUAAUGAUCUUGUUUUAAAGGCUCAGGGUCCGUGCCUGAGGGCUCACGUUUGUAUAUUCUGAUCUUCAGCGCAUAGAAUGUUUUCUGACUUAGGAAAGAACAGUCACGAUAACUGUAGAUAGUACAGUUGCUUUUUUAAAAAAGAAGCUAUAAGUUUUAGAUAUAAGGGGGGGGCAGGGAAACCGUUUUAUGAUCAACCGUGUUAAACACUUGAAGUGUGGUAGUUGGCCCAACAUUUAUCAUGAGAUUCUUGUACUUGUUUUCUGCUUCUGCUGAGAGAAUUUGGCCCCCGCGUGUGUGUGACUCUGGACAAAUACACAGAGAGGUGCUUACACUUUGUGAGACGUGGUCAGACUCUCACCUGGGACAAUAGGGAGGGCGUGGCCACUUCUGUUGCAUUUUCCUUUUAGAAAGAGUACGUGGGUGAGUUUCUGUUACCGGCGAUCUGUGGUAAGCGGGUGGCUGACACCGUUUCCGCGUCAUUGGUCCUGUUCCCUCACCUGAGGUUUAUCCAGCCGUUGGAAGGAAGAGGACAUGAGGGGCCCCGUGUGUCCUACGUUGGUGUCACGUGCUCCCGUGGUCCCCAGGCGCCUUCAGGAGCGCCUCGGUGGCAGUAGCCUCGGCCUGUCCGGUGGGACGUUUGCCAGAAAUGGCCCGAAAACAUCAGAAUUGGGCCACCUCUCAACCCCCCUGGAAAAAUAGCUCAUAUCUCUUUGAAGUAGUGGGUAUGUGUGGCUUUCUCUUUUCCUAACAUUCCCGGCAAACUUGCUGCUACAGCUGUCACUGUGAAAGUGAUCAUUACAGGGGCAGAUGUGACAUGUGCGCCAUCACUCACAACGUGCUAUUUCCUCCGUGUCCCUUGUGCGUUAGGAACUUUGGCCUCCACUUUAAUUACGUACUAGCAGAAAAGAGCGUGAGUGUGUGUGGAUUUUACUGUAAAGUCUAAGUGCUUAUAUGUUACUCGGGGGCGGGGCCCCCCCAGAGAGCUCACCCCCCACCGUACCCAUAGCUCAGUUCCACCCCUUGGCUUUAGUUAGAAUUAUUUUUAACAAAAUAACUAGAAAUUUGGCUUUAAACUGUCUGAUGUGGAUGGAAAUUUUUGUAUUUAGUUGAAGGAUCUGUGAUGUGUAUCAUCUGCGUGGCCCGAAGGAUCACCUUUGAUCCUAACCGUGCUGCGUCAUACUGAGUGUCCCAGUGGCCUUUUUUUUCUUUUCUUUUUUUUUUUUUUU